AUGUUUGCGUUGAAGCUUUCAACAAUCGCUGUGUGGGUGGUGUCUGCGUCAGUUGUCGCCAGUCAGCCAAGGUGGUCUUCUGACUACGUCAACGUAACUCUCUGCCAGUGGAGGGAACCUCGAGGUAAUUUUUCUCCCCACGAUCGUUGUUUUCUAGUCGCUGUGUUAACUCGGAAAACAGUUGCGGUCAUACGAGACAGGCUGUUUCUGGAUGGAGGCAAUCACACUUUCGUGAGCGAUAUCUUAAUACGAUGGAUAGACAAUCCACUAGGGAUUACAUACACGUUGAACUUCAGCAAGCCUUUCGAAACCAGAGACAAUGUUACUGCGCUGUUCGUACCAAUCUACGCCUUGGGGGGUGCGGCCGUCAACAAUAUCGCCCCGAAUUUUGCCAGCGGAGGGCUCCUGUAUAACGAUUACCAGUACUUUGGUUAUGGCGGUAUGACUUUCAGGUCAGCUUCGUAUCCGGAGCCGAUGGGUACAGCUGUGCGCGGAUACCGGGCCUUUACUUCACAGGUGCCUGAUUUUACCCCUGGACCCGUUGAAGAUAACCUCGAUGGCAACGUUACACGAUUUGUUGCGUAUGGCGGAGCGGCUAGCGCCCCCUCUGAGAACCUCGCCUGGUACUUUUCUGGGUUGCGCUCGCCGACCGGCGGACUCAUCUACGAUGUCGAAAGGGGCGGGACGAACGAGACCACUCUGCCCUCGCAAGUGUCUGACACAUUGAUCACCCUGAGCUUGGAGAAAGAGCAAAGACCAGAUUGGAUGAACAAGACACUGCACAAGGAUGUCCCGGGACGCGCCGGCGCGGAAUUGGUAUGGGUUCCUGUUGGCACCAAAGGUAUUCUGGUCGCACUGGGGGGUGUUGUAGACCCGUCUUUCAUCAAAAUAAACGGUAGAUCGAGCGACCCGGACAACAAUAAAGAGAAAAGUCGGGAGUUCAUGUCAACUAUCGAUAUCUACGAUGUGGCAGGGGACAGAUGGUAUCGACAAAAGACGAGCGAUGGCCCAGAAGCCCUCAGCAGAGGGUGUGCUGUAGUCGCCCCCGCUCAGGAUGGUACAAGCUUCAACAUCUACUAUUAUGGCGGUUACGCUGCGCUCGAGCAGAAGUCAGGUUACUCAGAUGCCGUCUGGGUAUUGUCACUUCCCUCCUUCACGUGGACUAAACUCACAGAAGGCACCGGUCCUGGGCGCGCCGCACACAAGUGUAUAAAGCCAUACCCUGAUCAGAUGAUGGUGAUUGGAGGCCACCCCCCGCUGGACGCCACCAAUACUGUUCCGUGCCUUCAGGAGCCGAUCCGGAUCUACAAUUUGUCUUCCGGGACGUGGGUAAAUCGCUACGAUCCAGCGAUCUGGAGCAAUUAUACCGUCCCUCAGGGUAUUCGCGACACAAUUGGGGGUUCCCCCACAGGCGACGCCGAGUUGACGAAGCCGAACCCCUCCUUUGUGAGCACCGCACUUGCCAGUGUGUUCGCUACGAGAUACGACAACACCAAGAUCAAUGCCUACUACCCGUAUGCGCGUGAAGCCCAGGUCAACAACACCAAUCCGAUUGGUCCCCCAGUAACCUCCGAAGAAGCGCAAGGUGGCGGAACCCCAUCCUGGCUUGGUCCUGUGGUGGGAGUCGUUGUAGGGCUUGUCGUCCUCACGCUGAUUGGUGUCGGAGUGUUCUUGUGGCGACGCCGAAAAUACCUGGGUCCAGAUGCCGAGACCAAGAGUGAGGCUAGAACUGAGAAUACCAGAACGCGGGUGAUGAAUUGGAUUCCUCGUCCAGGUCCAGGCCCAGGUCCUGCAUCACCACCUCAAGAACCGGAGGAUGUCAAGCCGCAUUUCGCAGCUGGUGCAACUGAGUACUACGGCGGUAGCGUCACGGAUGUGGAUAGUGUUGGGGCCCCGACGCCGUUCUCUAUCUCUGAGAUGAUGAACACCGAAAUCCGACGUCCGGUAGAGCUUCCGGAUAACUCUGGCCCCGCUGAACUCUACAACAAUCCGGCAUCGCCGAGCGUGAACACCCCCUACACUUCCUACGAUGAAAGCCCCGCGGUUGGCCGUGGCUCGGUCAAUAAAGGCUCUUCGUACCCAAACAACACUCACCAAGUCGACCACGCAAGCAACAUCUCAUCUCUUGGCUCCACUCCUCCUCCUCCCCCACAGCAACCGGCUACAAUUCCAGAACAUUAUGGCACCUCCUUCUACCGCCCAGACUCGGACGCACUCGGGAACCCACCAGUCACCACGCCCACAUCCGGUCACCCAACCAACGGAACCAGUAGUACCCUCCGCAACCAAGUUCUGUCGGGCAUUUCCAACCUGAGUGAUCGUGACCGGUCCCAUCUUCGGCAGAUUAGCGACACGACAGUCAGCUCGAUCACGUCCGGUCAUCAACCAGGUGCAGGACAGCACGGGCAGAUUCUCAGCCACUCUGGCUUUCCAGAGAGGUUGAUGGAGAGCCCAGGGGUGGUGUCGCCUCCUACUGCCGGGCCUAUGGGUGAGAGCCCAGAUUACCUCAGUGCGAGGCCACUGCCAGGACAGGCGCAGCAAUGGCAAGCACAGCAAGCGCAAGCGGCGAACAGCCCGCUCAGGAAGAGCGUAUUCACGGAGAGCAAGGAGGACAUGACGGAUCCGAAUGGCGGUUCUGGCCCAAGUAGGAUAUAA